CUUUAUUUUCAUUUGAUUCUGUUGUUAAUUCUCAAGAAGAAACUAUUCCCAGAAAUUCAGCUGGAAGACCUCAAAAAGAAGUAUGGGAUUAUAUUCAAAAAGUUGCACUAAAAGAUCAAUGUACGAAAGUUAGCAUUGAAGUUAAACAAAAAUUUCUUCAUAUAGUAGUAGCAAGAAAUCAUACAAAGGAAAAUGAUAAUGAAAGAGAUACUGAAGAGGAUUUUCCAAUAUUUAAAAAGGCUUGUACUAAAGAACCUCAAGAAUUAAAUAAUUGA